AUGAGUAAUGAUCAACGUUUUACAUGUCCUUGUGGUCGAUCAUUUUCAGCAGAGAUAACUAUUCGUGAAACAACCAAUGUAGAAACAAGUUCUCCACCAGGUACACCAAUGCUUUCAGUCAAAACUGACUUGAAACAUCAACAAUAUACACAUGAAUCAAUUUCAAAACGACAACGAGGAUUAAUCAUUGAUACACCUUCAACAAUAACGACAACAACAUUAAAUUCAUCAUCAUUAAUUACAUCAUGGUCAGCAACAAAUAUUAAAAACUAUGGAAAUAGUCCAGAAAUAAUGAAUGCUGAAUCACAUCGUGCUGAAAGUGAUAUUGAAUUAUCAAGUGAUGAAUCGAGAUGUUUAGAAGAUAUCGAAGCUGUUUUAUCACCAGAUAAAAAUACAAUAUCAAAUUUUAUUUAUUCAAAUGAUUUAUGGACAACACCAUCAUUGUCUAGUGCUGCUAAUAGUACUAUAACAAAUUCAACAAAUAAUCAUGAUGACGAUAGACAUGAACAGACACAAAUGAUAACACUUAAACCAGUUAAUAGUGAACCAUUAUCACCAUCACCUGCUCUUAUGCAUGAUGGAGAUAUGGGUAAAACUGUAGCAAUUAUUCAUCGACGUCCAAUGCUUGUUGCAUUUACAGAUCCAAGAGCAUGUUCACCAACAGGACCAACUCAUUUUAAAUGUACUCAAUGUCAUGAAACAUUUGAUAGUCUUUUACUUGGUCAAGAACAUGCUAAUAAUGGCAUGUGUACAUCUGAUGCAAAUGUUAAUGCACCGGAGAGUUCUGAUUCUCAACCAUCGCCUGCUGUUUCACCAUUAUUUGAUCCUUUUCAAGAUGAAUUGGACGAAGGAGUCACUGCUCGACUUGAUACAAAAGCAGCAUGUCCAAUAUGUAAUAAAGUAUUUAGUAGUGUUCAUACAAUGAUUCGUCAUAAAACAUCAAUACAUGAUAGACAAGUUCGUUAUGGUUGCAAUAUUUGUGGUCGAUUUUUUUUUCGUAAAGAUAAAUUAACAUCACAUAUGGUUUAUCAUCAAGAUUUUGAUACAUAUGUAUGUUGUUUUUGUUCAGUUGGUUGUAAAUCUCGUAUGUUAAUGCGACAACAUUUAAAACGAGAUCAUGUUAUUUCAAGUGAAGAUACUCGUUUAAAUGAUAUACUUAGUCGAUGUCAAGUAAAAAAAUCACUUAAUUUAGAAACAAAUAUGUCUGUUGCAUAUGGUGCUGAUCGACAAAUCACAUCAUUAAAACGAAAUAUAAAUACAAUAACAACUGACAAUGAUAUUAAACAAACGGUCACUAUUAGUAGUAAUUAA